AAAUAGGCAAACCGAGAACCAAUAAAUCAAUUAUUCAAUUAGAAGUAUGUGCAAAUAUUGCAAUACUGCACGCGCAUUGUACUACUUGUAUAUACGCACAAUAAUAUACUUAGUUUCCAUUAUGGCGUCUCUACGAACGCUCAUGUUUCGAUUUUCCAAUGUUGUAAAUAGUAAAUUAACAUGCAGGUCAAAAACUAUCAAUGAAAGAUUAUAUAGCGUUUUUCCAUCAUAUUAUGUUAAACCAGUAGUUGACAAAGAUGUCAUUAAAGAUAUGGAGGCAGCUGGAGAGACCAAAGUAAUGGCACAUUUAAAUAUCAAGCCAGCAUUUUGCAGUGAAACUUCCUCAGAAUUUUAUGACCCAGUGGUCAACAAGUUCAUAAAUUUUCUCACCAGAGAAGGCAACAAACUACGUGCUCGAAGGUUACUUGAGGGAACGUUUGAAAACAUUAAAAGAAUUCAAUUGGAACGUUAUCAUAAAUCUAAACCAACAGAACAAGAAGAAAUAGAAUUAGAUCCUAAAGUAAUUUUAUAUAAAGCUGUUGAUAAUAGCACUCCUGUAUUAGAACUUAUGAAAAUGAACCGAGGAGGUCAAUCGUAUCAAGUUCCUGUACCAGUUACUGAAAAAAGAGCAAGAUUUUUAGCAAUGAAUUGGCUAAUUGGUGCUGGAAAAGAAAAAGAACAUAAGAUCAAGUUACCUGAAAGGCUAGCAUAUGAAUUGAUUGAUGCAUCUAAUAAUCAGGGACGAGUUAUAAGGAAAAAGCAGGAAUUGUAUAGACAAUGUGAAGCAAACAGAUCAUAUGCCCAUUUCCGGUGGACUUAGAUUAUAUAUUGUAUUUGUUAUUAUUAUUGAAACUAUACAUUUUUAAAUAUAAUUCCUAUUUAUAAAAAGAUAUAAUAUUGUUUUGAA